AGGUGUGUGAAUCAGGAUUGUCAGUAGGAGUUUGUCCUGAGAAAACUCCAGUAACCAGUCUUCUUAAGAGCAUUAGAGAAGAAGGGUGCACUCACGAUGGCUGCUGAGUUGGAUUUCUCCCCACCUGAAAUCCCUGAGCCCACAUUCAUGGAGAACGUGCUACGCUACGGACUCUUCUUUGGAGCCAUUUUCCAGCUUAUCUGUGUGCUGGCCAUAAUCCUGCCGGUUUCAAAGUCCCAGAAGACAGAUUCGGACAGUUUUGAGCCUAAGAAUACAGAGACAGUGAAGAAGCCAAAGGCAACUGCUCCACAGAUAAGCAAGAAACCGAAGAAGGAAACCAAAAAGAAACGAUAAAGCUGUGACCUAUGAGCCUCAAAAGACAAAAUAAUCACCUACAAUCAUGCUUCCUCGGAGAUGACAUCAAAGACAACUGACUGUAUUAAAUAGUUUUCUGGCAUUGCCAUGCUUUACCUUUUGGGGGCAAGGGAGAAUGAGCUUUUAAGAGUGGAAGGGGCAGGGUUCUGCCCCAGAUUUCCUACAAGCAAAGAGGACUUCACAUAUCCAGAACUUCAUUUGACAUGAUUAAUGUGUCAGUCACCAUUAAAGUGACUUCUGUCAUUUCUGAUGGGUAGAGAGGGCUGUUGUCCUAGCUCUCCAUGCUGGCUAGGAGUUGUAGUAAAGUCCCUGUGAAGGUGGAGCAUGGGUUUGCUACUUUGGAUACCGGUUUGUGUUGUGUUUUUUGAAGGCAGAGGGAUCAAAUGGAUCAAGGACACCACACUACACAGCUUUGUAUUCAUCUCUGUUGUCAUCUAGUCUGAAAUACAUAGCUGCAUUUAUGGCUUAAUAAUAAUGUCUUUGUCAUAUUCUUUAAUUCUUCAGG